AUGGUGAUUGGAGAAAGGCCGCUGUCUGCCGGGCGGCCCAGAGACGAUCGCGGGAUCACCGGAAAGAAUGGGCUGAGACUCCUCGUUUGUGAGCUGGCAUUAGGUAGCGAACCGCUGUCUCCAUCUCCUCACUCGUCUGCGUCUCACUGUGCGGCUACAUCUUCUCCCACCGGCUUCUUUUCCUGGUCUAACACUUGGUCCGAAAUGGCCGACAGUCCGGGAAGUGGUGCAGCUUUUCCCAGUCAGAGUCCUCGAACAAAGAAAUACUCAUUAACUGAAGAGAAGAUAUUUUAUAUGAACUGCAGAGCUGCCUACUUAACAGUCUUCAAAAGCAGCUUAGAAAACAUUAUUUCUAAAGAUCAACUAUACUUAGUUCUUCAACAUGCAGGAAGAAACCCAUCCCAAAAGACAAUUAAUAAAUAUUGGACUUCUCAAACAGCCAAACUGAAUUUUGAUGAUUUUUGUGUAAUUUUAAGGAAAGAAAAACCUACUUCAAAAGCAGACCUGCUAAAAUCAUUUAGGCAAUUAGAUGUAAAUGAUGAUGGCUCUAUUUUACACACUGACCUUUAUAAAUUUCUAACAAAGAGAGGGGAAAAGAUGACUCGAGAAGAAGUAAAUGCCAUAAUUAAUUUGCCUGAUGUAAAUGCUGAUGGAAAGUUUGACUAUAUCAAGUUUUGUAAAUUAUAUAUGACAACCAAUGAGCAAUGUCUCAAGACUAUACUAGGCAAACUGGAGGUUGAUAGCAAACUGAAGUGUCAGCAGUUUGGAAGCCACAUCGAGGGAACUCUUGAAAGGGACCCAUCACCAGUACCAAAACCUUCACCUAGAGUCAUAAGAAAAACGAAUCAGGAGAUGUUCUCAAAUAAAGGUGGCAGCAGGAGUCCUUUACUGUCAAGCACUAGGAAUUUCAAAACAUCUGUUUCCCUCACAAUUACCAUGAGUGCUAACAGUAACCAGAACCCCAAGUUAACUGAGCCAAACUUAAUAGAGGAUUGGCAAUGUGUACAAUCAAAAGGUUGCUUCUUCUUAGAAGAAGAUGGUAAAAUCAUUAGUCAUCAAUACAGGAUGCACAUACCUGAGAAGUCCAUGGUUUAUCUAACAAUUAAGCCAUUAAAACUGAGUCAGGUCGAAGGAAAACCAUCUCCUUGGUUAUCGGUUGAUACAGCUUUAUAUAUUCUAGUGGAAAAUGAGAGUCAAGCAAAUCUACAGCCCUUGUGUUUUACUGAACUACAAAAUAGAGAAGUGUUUGGAUGGACUGGUGAACUAGGACCUGGAAUUUACUGGUUAAUUCCUUCCACAACUGGCUGUAGACUGAAGAAAGAAAGAAAGCCGGUACCAGAAGAAGCCCUACUUGUAUAUAGAGAUGAAACAGGAAAAUUAUUUCUUACAAAGGAAUUUAGGUCAGCUUUAUCAGAUAUAUUUGAAGUAAUUGAUUUAGAUGGAAAUGGUCUUCUUAGCCUUGAAGAAUAUAAUUUUUUUGAAUUGAGAGCAAGUGGUGAGAAAUGUGAUGAAGAUGCUUGGGCUGUGUGCAGAGAGAAUUUUGAUACGAAGAAGAAUGAAUUAACAAGACAAGGAUUUAUGGAAUUGAAUAUGAUGGAAGCCAGCGAUCAAGGCGGAGAUCCUCGUGACCUUUGGGUGAUUCUGCACUCGAUGGGCUACAAUAAAGCUCUGGAGCUGACAGAGGCUUGUCCAUUUGUCAUCAAUAUUCAUGCAGAAAAGUGCAAGCCAAGAAUUAAAGCUGUCUGUAUGGAGGCAUGCAAUGGGCAACUUGAGAAGACCAUUUGUAAAUAUGUUCUUACCAACGGCAGUGCCAAAUCAAUGGAUGGCUAUGAGAAUAUAAUCAUAUAUACUUACAAACAUGACAGCUGGAUAACUUCUGUUAUUGAAAAUAAGUUAGAUAAUAAACUGAUUAUUCACGUCAACAAUGAACUAAGUAAAAACUGUGUGAACAACAAAGGACUCAACACAUAUGUAGUAGAAGUGGCACCAAAAUCUACAAUGGUUUGUCAACAUGUAAUGCCUCUGAAUGAACGACAAGAAUGGAUAUAUCAUUGUGUGUAUUCCCUUAUAUCUUAAAUAAUUCCACCUGGAACUAUCUAAAUAAGAAUAAUUACUUCAGAUUUAGUCUAUAUAUUGAUCAAGUAAAUGCUAAUCAAUUUUACUGACUUAUGUAAUAAUUAACUAAUUUAUAUGCAUCUACAUUUUAUGUUCAUGUUAGACAUUUUUAUUAUUAAAAUAUAAAUGUUUUUAAUCUGUGACCUUCUUAUUAAUUUAGUGGUAACUCUAAGCAUAUUUUAUUUAUGAUUAGUAAGUCAAAAUAAAAAUUAAAAAGUAAUACUCAGUGAAUUCUAUAAAAUAUUGUGUAUUUUUGGUUUAUCUUAAUUAAAGAACCAAAAUAAAAUUCAAUAUAAAAAUAGCCAUUUGGUUUUCUAAUCAGAAAAAAUUGAAACAAAAUUUGGAAAAAUUCAUCUUUAUAUUAAGAGGCCAAAAUCUAAUGAGAGUAGUUGAAAUAUUUUGUUCUUUUUAUGAAUUGACUUGUAGGUUGCUCUUAAUUAAUGUAUUUUGAAAUAAUGGAAAUUAAAUCUAUAUAGCAUUUAAUGAAGCAGUAGAGGGCAUGAAAUUAUAUUAAGCGAUUAAGAACUGAAUGGCAAUGUCAUUAACAGAAUACUUGGCUAGUAAAUGUCAGCUUUUGAAAUAUGAGUACCAUAUGGCAGUGUGUUAUUUUUGUACCCAGUACAUGCUAGCACAUAGUUUAAAUGUCAUUGGAUUUUUGGCCCUUGAUUUAGGUAUCUAUAAAAUGGGUGGUUAUUAUCUAGCAGUUAAAUUCUUUAGAUAAUAUGUUUUAAAAAGAAAUGGAAUAUGAAAACAUUUCAUUAAUUGCCAAAUGCUUUAUAAAUCUAAUAAGUAUGACCAUAUACUCUAUUUCACCAGUUGUUGAGCUAUAGGAAAUUAUCUCUAUGAUAAUAAAAACAUGUAAUAAAGUUGUUAUCUUUGUC